GUUGGGUCUGGUGGGGAAGAUGAAGAGGAUCGUGAUGCUUCUGCUGCUCGUUUACGUCUCUGUUCCUGUCAUAGUGAAACUCUUCCCCUCCAUUCAGGCCAAACUCGUCUUCCUGAACUUUGUGAGAAUACCGUACUUUAUCGACCUGAAGCGACCACUUGACCAGGGUCUGAACCACACACGCAACUUCUACCUGGAACCUGAACCAGGCCUGAGGAUCGGAGCCUGGCACACGGUUCCAUCCCACAUGUGGAGAGCUGCUCAGGGGAAAGACGGCAACUGGUACGACUCCACAUUUGGCUCCGCCCACCCCAUCAUACUCUAUCUCCAUGGAAACGCAGGGACCAGAGGAGGAGACCACAGGGUGCAGCUGUACAAGGUGAGGGCUAAACCUGAUCAGGUAUCAAUACAGAUUAUUGAUGUCAGGAGAGUGGUUAUUGAUCAGUUCAGAAACAGUCAGGGUUGGGGAGAUUCUGACGGAUAUCCUUCAGAAGGAGUGAUGACAUCAGAUGCGCUCUUCGUCUAUGAUUGGCUGAAACAGAGGACAGACAAAUCUCUGCCGCUUUAUAUUUGGGGCCAUUCUCUGGGGACUGGUGUUGCCACAAACCUGGUGAGACGUCUGUGUGACAGAGGAAGUCCUCCUGACUCUCUGAUCUUAGAGUCUCCGUUCACCAACAUCAGAGAGGAGGCCAAGAGCCACCCCUUCACCUUGGUGUACCGGUUCCUGCCCGGCUUCGACUGGUUCUUCCUGGACACCAUCAGCGCCAACAGCAUCCACUUUGCAAGUGAUGAGAAUGUGAACCACAUCUUCUGUCCGGUUCUGAUUCUACACGCUGAGGACGACACCGUGGUUCCCUUCCACCUCGGGAAAAAGCUCUAUAACGUGGCGUCUCAGUCAAAGAGUCUCAGUGGACACAAAGUUCAGUUCGUUUCCUUUCCGUCGUCUCUUUCCUACAAACACAAGUUCAUCUACAGGAGCCCGGAGCUGCCCGGCAUCCUCAGUGAUUUCCUCGGAGCUGCUCAUCCCGUCGCCGCAUGACCCCAAACAC